CCCCUAAACCCUUCCAUGAUCGCUCACACAUUACGCAUCCACUUGGCCACUGAAACCCUAGCGGAGAAGAAUCCGUUUUCGUUUCUCCGAUCUGCAUCUGGAACAAAGGCAAACAUGCAGAUCUUCGUGAAGACUUUGACUGGGAAGACCAUCACGUUGGAGGUGGAAUCCUCCGACACCAUCGACAACGUGAAGGCCAAAAUCCAGGACAAGGAAGGCAUCCCUCCGGACCAGCAGCGACUCAUCUUCGCCGGGAAGCAGCUCGAGGACGGGCGCACUCUCGCCGACUACAACAUCCAGAAGGAGUCAACCCUCCACUUGGUGCUUCGCCUCCGCGGUGGUGCUAAGAAGCGCAAGAAGAAGACCUACACCAAGCCUAAGAAGAUCAAGCACAUUAAGAAGAAGGUGAAGCUCGCUGCACUUCAGUUUUACAAGAUCGAUGACUCUGGUAAGGUUCAGAGGCUACGAAAGGAGUGCCCCAAUGGUGACUGCGGUGCCGGAACCUUCAUGGCCAAUCAUUUUGAUAGGCACUGCUGUGGUAAGUGCGGACUCACCUACGUCUACCAGAAGACCGGUGGCGACUGAUUGAUUAUAGUGUCUGAUUUUUUUACAAUUAGGGUUUUCUUAAAUGUUUUGCUUUGAUAAUUGCUGGACCUAAUUUAUCGUUAUGCUAUUGCAUCUUUAUCUCAAUGUGGAAUUGCAAUUCCUCAAUCAACCUAGCAUUGUUCGCCUCUCCUUUACAAGAGAUUCAGAUGAAUGCUGUUCUACUUUAGAGAAUCGGCCACAA